AUGGUUCACACUGGAGAGCGCCCUCAUAAGUGCAUUUCAUGUGGAAAAUCCUUCCAAACCAGCAGCAGUAUGAAGACUCAUACAUUGAUUCACACAGAAAAGCGACCUCAUAAGUGCAUUAUAUGUGGAAAAUCCUUUAAAACCAUUAAUCUAAUGACGAGACAUACAAAGGUUCACACAGAAGAGCAACCUUAUAAGUGCACUACAUGUGGAAAAUCCUUCCAAACCAGCAGCAGUAUGAAGACUCAUACAUUGAUUCACACAGAAGAACGACCUCAUAAGUGCAUUAUAUGUGGAAAAUCCUUCAAAACCAGGGGCAGUAUGAAGACUCAUACAUUGAUUCACGCAGAAGAGCGACCUCAUAAGUGCAUUACAUGUGGAAAAUCCUUCCAAAGCAGGGGCAGUAUGAAGACUCAUACAUUGAUUCACACAGAAGAGCGACCUCAUAAGUGCACUAUAUGUGAAAAAUCCUUCAAAACCAUUAAUAUGAUGAAGCAACAUACAAUGGUUCACACUGGAGAGCGACCUCAUAAGUGCACUACAUGUGGAAAAUCUUUCCGAACUAGCAGCAGUAUGAAGACUCAUACAUUGAUUCACACAGGAGAGCGACCUCAUAAGUGCAUUACAUGUCGAAGAACCUUCCGAUUCAGUAGCAGUUUGAAGAAACAUAUAUUGAUUCACACAGGGGAGCGACCUCAUAAGUGCAUUACAUGUGGAAAAUCCUUCCAAACAAGCGGCAAUAUGAAGAUUCAUACAUUAGUUCACACAGGAGAGCGACCUCAUAAGUGCAUUACAUGUGGAAGAACCUUCCGAUAUAGUAGCAGUUUGAAGAAACAUACAUUGAUUCACACAGCAGAGCGACCUCAUAAGUGCAUUACAUGUGGAAGAACCUUCCGAUUCAGUAGCAGUUUGAAGAAACAUACAUUGAUUCACACAGAAGAGCGACCUCAUAAGUGCACUAUAUGUGAACAAUCCUUCAAAACCAAAAAUAUGAUGAAGCAACAUACAAUGGUUCACACUGGAGAGCGACCUCAUAAGUGCACUACAUGUGGAAAAUCUUUCCGAACUAGCGGCAAUAUGAAGAUUCAUACAUUGGUUCACACGGGAGAGCGACCUCAUAAGUGCAUUACAUGUGGAAAAACCUACCGAUUCAGUAGCAGUUUAAAGAAACAUGCAUUAGAUCACACUGGAGAGACCUCAAGAUCACAAGAUCAAUAGAUAACACAAUGAAAUAUUCACAAUGAAAUAAAUAUGUGGAAAAUCCUUUAAAACCAUGAACAAUAUGAAGAUUAAUUUAUUGCUUCACACAGAAGAGCGACUUCAUAAGUGCACUACGUGUGCAAAAUCCUUCCAAACCAGCAGCGAGAUGAAGACUCAUUUUUUUGUUUCACACAGAAGAGCAACCUCAUGACUAUCCUUU